AUGUACCAAGAGCACUAUGAUGCUCUCUUCUCCAUGGACUUCAUGGACACCAAGUACCCACAUGUUGACACAAUGAAGGCCCUUGGAAUCUUUGAUGUGGAGCUUGGUCUCAAGAACAUGCACUUGGCCAAGUUCUUCUCUUACCACAUGGAAUCCUACAAGGAGCUCACUUCUGGAAUCUUGUUUGGGUUCAACUAUGGAGAGGGAACCAAGUGGAACUUCAAGGAAAAGGAACUCCAAAGGGUUUGGGCUACAAUCGCUGAUGGAGUGUACUCUUCCUCAAGGUCCAAGGCAGCUCAGAUCAGGAGCCCAGUCUUGAGAUAUGUGCACAAGGCACUUGCCAACACCUUCUUUGCAAGGAAGGCGACCGGGACAAUCAACGAGGGGGAACUCAAGUUUCUUGACAUGGGAAUCAAGCCCAUUCUCUCACGCACAAGCGAUGGCAAGAGGAUCAGGGGAGAUAGAUCUGACACAGGGAACUUGAUGCCUUUCCUUGACCACUCCUACCUACAAGAUCACAGCCUUACAACACUAGGCAUCAACGAGGGAAGGCGCCUAAGUGUUGGAGGGCUCAUCACACCUAUCUUGUGUGCUGCUGGAGUGAACCCAACUGAUAAGAGAGCCACUGAACCAGGUUGGAUGGACAUCAAGUUUUGCAAGACCAACCUUCUCAUUGAGCACAAGGAGUUGGAUGGGAGGUUCCAAUUCAAGUUCACACAUCCAUUGGUUGGACCCUCCAAGUUCUCCUGCCUAACCCAGAGCUCACCACAGUAG